AUGUCUGGUCAAUUUGCCAAGGAACUUGCUGUUGCAACUCAAGCCGUCCGCAAAGCUUCAUUGCUAACUAAGAGAAUUCAAGCAGAUGUUAUAUCUAGCAGUAACUCUACUAUAACAAAAUCUGAUCAAAGUCCUGUUACCAUCGGGGACUACUCUUGCCAAGCUAUCAUCAUCAAUGCCAUUAAAUCAAACUUCAAGGAUGAUGCUGUUGUCGGUGAAGAAUCCAGUGAUGGUUUGACAGAUUCUUUUAUUUCUGAGAUUUUAACUACAAUUCAGGAUAACGACAAAGUAUACUCCGAAGUUUUUGCAGACGUCACACAACAAGAGGAGAAAGACGUCCCUUUUGUCAAUGAGGAAUUCCCUCUAAAUUCCAUUGAAGAAAUUAAAAGAGUUAUUGAUUUUGGUAACUAUUCAGGUGGAAACACUGGCAGAUUUUGGUGCUUGGACCCAAUCGAUGGAACAAAGGGAUUCCUAAGAGGUGACCAAUUCGCAGUAUGUUUGGCCUUGGUAGUUGACGGUGAAGUUCAAAUUGGUGUCAUUGGGUGCCCUAAUUUGAAACUAUCAAACUACGGAGCCUCUGAUUUGAGCGACUCACUAUCUGCAGGUUAUAUUUUCAGAGCUGUGAGAGGACAAGGUGCUCAAUAUUCCAUUACCACUGAAUCACAAUGGAGGGAAAUUCAUACCAGAGAUGUUGAAAAUACUUCUGACCUGGUUUCCCUAGAAGGUGUCGAAAAGGGACAUUCGUCUCACGACGAACAAGCUAUCAUCAAGAAAGAUUUAGGUAUUACUAAGUCCCAACAUCUGGAUUCUCAGGUGAAGUACUGUUUACUUGCCCUUGGAUUAGGCGAUCUUUACCUCCGUUUACCAAUUAAAAUGUCCUAUGCCGAGAAAAUCUGGGACCAUGCUGCAGGAAAUGUUAUUCUUGAAGAAGCUGGCGGAAUUCACACUGACGCACUUGAGGAUCAACGCUUAGACUUUGGAAAGGGUAGAACUUUGCAAACCAAGGGUGUCAUCGCUUCCUGUGGCCCUCAGAGCUUACACUCGAGAGUAGUAUCUACAUCAGCACGCAUCAUUUCUGCUAGAAAAACUUGA